UCCGUUGCACUCUUGCUUCCGCAAAUACAUAUAGACCUCUCUACACUCCAGCACAACACACUUGAUAGUCCGAGGCGAGGAAGCAGCUCAGUUUUCUCCAUCAACACCUGAUGUAGUGAUGGUGUGCAGAGAGGCAGGAGCACACCCACCAACCCGCCGAGCGAGCAUGAAAAGAUGCUGGUUAUCAGAGUCCUACUCUAUGUUGGCUUUGUGGCUGUACUGCCAGCUCUCUGCCACCCUCACACCAUCUGCACACUGACUCAAAGGACAGCUAUAUGUAACAGCCUCAGACUCUCAUCUGUUCCCAGUGACUUGCCACAGCAAACAGAAGAGCUUUUUUUGAAUCAGAACAUCAUUUUAAAAUUACAGAAUGGAUGCCUCUCUGGGUAUUCUUCCCUUCGCAUGUUGAGCUGUGCAAACUGCUUUUUAAAUGCAGUAGAUGGGCAAGUGUUCUCCAGUUCACCUCUGAUAGAGAACCUUAAUUUUGCAGACAAUGAACUUCACAAGGAGCACAGUCAGUUUGCCCAGUCUCUGGGUACAUUGACCAGGCUACGAAUUCUGGAUAUUUCUGGCAAUGGGCUCACAGAGGACAUGGUUUCUGAACUCUUACAGAACCUCACAACUCUCGAGUUCCUGGAUUUGUCCAGGAAUGUUCUACUGAGAUUGGAUGAGUACACAUUUAGAGAUCUUCAUCAACUCAAAGAACUGAAUCUAGAAAAUAACGUUUUGUUUGAGAUCGAUUCCGCAUUUGAUCACUUAAAAAAGCUCAGGCGGCUUAACUUGGCCUUCAACUCACUGCCAUGCCUUGUGAAAUUCGAGAUGACCCAGUUGGUGGUACUAAAUGCCAGUCACAACCUCAUUGAAUGGUUCAUAACUAAUCAGGACAUCACAGAAACCUUUGAACUGGAGACGCUGGACUUGUCUGAUAACCGCCUCCUGUAUUUUCCAUUCCUUCCAACCUACAAUCGCAUUAAAACUCUGUUACUACCCAACAAUCAUAUUGGCUUUUACAGUCGUCUGUCACAGAACGCCUCUUUAAAUUUGACCAGUAGUGUUGAGUUCUACAAUUUGGGGGAAAAUGCCAGCAAUGUUACAGCAGAACUUUGGAGAGAUGACCUUCAUGGAGAUAUAUCUUCUGUGGAAUUGCUGGAUCUCAGUGUUAACCAGGUGAGAUACUUCCCUCAAGGUUUUCUUCAGAAAAUGCCUCAUCUCUACUGGCUGAGGAUGAGGAGCAACUGCUUAGAAUCUCUGAAUCUAACAGGAGAAGAGUUUCCUGUAACUGUGUAUGAGCUGGACGUGAGCAACAACAGACUUGCUGAACUGCAUGCACACUCCAGCUCAAUCAGUGAACUAAAUAACCUUACACAUUUGAACCUGAGCUUAAACAACAUACAGAAGCUUCCCCCUAGAGUGUUCACUAAUUUUCCUAGUCUCAGCAUUGUGGACCUCAGUUAUAACACAGUUGGUUUGUGCCAUCCUACAGAGCUACGCAACACGAACUCUUCAGCCUGCGCUGUCUGGACAAAUCUCUCCACAUUAAAACAGCUCCAUAUUGCUGGAUGUAACAUAAACAAAAUUCCUCCGUUAACAUUCGAUGGCACACCACUAACGUACCUUGACCUGUCUAACAACCCAGACCUGCACAUUGGCCAAGACUGUUUAUUAGGUCUCAGUGGGACUCUCCAGCACCUAGGCCUAAGCAACACAGGUUUGCAGGACUUUAACUUUUCUCCAUUUAAACAGUUAAAAUUUUUAAACCUCUCCAAAAACUCAAUAUCAGUGCUUCCUAUAUCGCUGAUGACACUGAACUUGAAGCUUCUGGACUUGAGGGACAACAUGUUGUCUACUAUUGAACCAGAACAUGCUACUGUGCUAGCUGAACAAGUGCAGAUUGUUUAUGUGGAUGGAAAUAAUUUCAACUGCUGCCAGUUAGAGUGGUACAGGACGUUUGAGAAGUCGAAAAACCUCCAUGUUGCCGAUUCUUUAGAGGUUACAUGUGUAGACUUACACCAGCAGAGACUAAAAGCUAGCCUUUUUGACUCUGUCCUUUGUGGGGGCAGAAGCACAGAUGAAUCUAUUUUCUGGUACAUUCUACUAUUUUUAUCUGUUGGUGUGUCAAUGGCGGGUGUCUCUGUCAUUUAUUUUCUGACUUUCAGACCAAGACUAUUGCCACGUGUUAUAAAAAAGAAAUGUUGGAAGCCCACAACUUAUUAAAAAACACCACAGUAAAACUGCUCAAAUAAAUCUACAGAUACUGAAAGAGUGAAUAGUGUGCUGUUACACUAAAAACCAAAAAAGACACCUUUGUGUGGUGGGGAGGUGCGGGGUGGUUAAUGAAACAAAUUCAAGUGUCAUGUUUUGGCAAAUAGGAUACAGACGUACAUGAUUGCCAGCUUUUGUCAAAGACUUUGAAGAGAAUUUGUUUUUCUGAAGAAACCUGGCACUGGCAAAGUUCUUUAAGGUCAAAUUGAAUUUAAGUUACAAACUGAAAUGUAAUGAUCACAGAUUAUGUUUUGGGAAAGCAUUAAAUGAAAGGAGUGAUUAUUUAGAACAAAACAAAAUUAAGACUUGAGAAAUAGUAGUCAUUUUAAUAGCAACAAGAGAGACAAGCUGUUUUGUGAUUAUUAUUAUUAUUAUUAUUAUUGUACUGUCACACUGAAUUAAAGCAGGUUUAAUUCCAUUGUUUUCUUUUACUACACUUAGAAAUAGUUUCAGGAAGAGCAUUUCUCUUUUCAUGUUUCGUUCUUUAGAUUCUGCUAUAAACAAUAAGUUUGAAAUUUAUCCAGUAUAAAUUUAUCCAGUAUUUCUGUGUACAUUUGACAUUAUACAAACAUUUCAUUUCAAUUUUACAAACAAGCUUUAUUUUAAAGCUACAAUGAAAGCAGCUUCCAAGCAGUGUUUGAUUUUGACCUUCACUGCGUUAUUUACAAACAAAUGAGAUGGAGAUAUUAUUUCACUUAAUGUAUUUACAUGACCUGAAAUAAUGUAUAUAUUAAAUUUGAACACACUCAUGCCUGUUUAAGACUGGAUUAUUGUUCUCGAGUUAGUAGAAUUCUAAUGAUAAUUUUAGAGAGCACAGCACAAUACUUAAUUAAUAUUUGCUUGGCCCCUGGAUUAAAGAAAGGCAUUUCUCGCCUGAUUUCCUCUAGCGUUUUGGUGAUGCCUUGUUGUUGUUGUUGGUGAUUGUGUUGAGAGUAGAGUUCUACAAUUCAUUUCAAUUCAGUCUUUCUUUCUCUUUCUUUCUUUUUUUUUAAUAAAACCAAAAACCUGAGCAGAACUGCUGCCUGAAGAACAAAAGAACGUUCAUGAAGCUCAAACUGAGUCUCACUUUUUAUUUAAAAGCAGUGCCAGGUCAUAAUGAAGCAUUACAGUUGAACUACAGUUGAAUAAAAGUCAUUAAAUCUGGCCAUUUA